UCCCAGCCCGCUGCCCUGGCGCACUGGGGACAACCGUUGCCGGGAGGCGCCGUGGGCCCUGAGGUGGAACUGUCGGCUCCUGACAGCGUCUUUUGUGCCUCAAGUUCCCAGCCUGGUGGGCCCAGGACGUUCCGAUCGCAUGGCGGAGUGUUGCGGACGAUGCCCAUGAAGCCCUUCGUCCUCCUGGUUGCGCUGCUGCUAUGGCCUUCGUCCGUGCCGGCAUUUCCCUCAUUUCGGAGCAUAACUGUGACGCCUGAUGAAGAACAAAACUUGAAUCAUUAUGUGCAGGUCUUAGAGAACCUAAUACUAAGUGUUCCCACCAGGGAUCAAGGCCGUGAGAGAAAAGCAAAGUCUCCAAAAAAUGAUGUUUCUGUAGAACCGAAGACAUCGAGUGAGUUAAUGACACCCACAUCACCUGCAGAAUCUUCAACUGAGAAUGAGGGCUUAACCAGUCCUGUCAGUGACGAAACUGUAACUUCUCCUUCUAAAAGUUUCACACUGGAAGCACCAAAGAAAAAACGUACUAGAAGUACAGCCUUCUGGUCCAUCAAACCAAACAAUGUUUCUGUUGUUUUACACGCUGAAGAACCUUACAUUGAAAAGGAAGAGCCGGAGCCGGAGCCGGAGCCAGAGCCAGAGACCACGGAGCCUGAGCCGGCUACCAAGACCACUGUGGCCACCACGACCGAGUUCUUCACCACGCUGCCCAGCAGCACCCUAACCACGCGCAGCACCCACAUCAUCAUGACGUCCACAGAGUCGGAAGAUGUCCCUCAGCUCUCAGGCGAGUAUGAAGAACCAACCUACGAACCGCAUUCGAGCUUGGAUUAUAAUGGGAUCUUGAGGAAGAUCGCCGACAUGAAGCUGCAGGCGCGGCGGGCACCUUUCUUCCACAACAGCAACCCCGAAUACAGCAAGGACAUCAAGGCCUCCAAAGAGCACCUGCUGCGCAGCCUCGCCCUGGCCGAAGCUGCCGAGCACAAGUUGCAGAAGAUGUCCCGGUCCCGCCUGUUCUCAGUGGGGCGGACAAUCGGUCAGGUGGAUGACGCGGAAACUGUGAUCAACAUGCUGUACAACGCCAGGGACAAACUACCCGAGUAUUUGGAUAUCAAGGGUGUUCCACCAGAGAUGAGGAAAAGAGUUACCGCAGUCAUCAAUACGUUGAAAAAAAUAGUAUGUGGGGGCCAAGUAGAAACUCAAAACCUCAUUAGAAAGCUAUUAAGCAAUAAUAUAAAGAUUUUAAACCUACUUGAUAUUCCAUGACAAAACUGCAUUCAUUCGCAGGAGAAAUAAGCAUAUUGGUGCUUUCCAGAGUUGUACAAAAAUACUUUCUAUUAUAGCUUGAUCUAUUAACAUCUGUAUAUAUAAUGUUAUGAAAUUUUUGCAUGCACGAAGAGCUCAGUAAUUUAAAAUAAACUUCUAGUUCAGGA